CACACUUUUAGAUCAGACGCACCCUUCUUCAGAAAACGCUGCAUUCUAUCGACUCUGCAUACCACAAACCAGAUCAUUGUCGCAAUAAACCUGUAUGAUUUGACAAAGCCAGAACCUGCCUGCCCGCUCCAAGUCUCCCAAAGUGACAAACACCCCGAACCCUCCCCACUUGGAUCGACCGCAACAGUGCUUCCUCCCGGGAGGACUUGUAUGUUUUGGCGAAAACCACUUCCCACCUUCACAAUAUCAACACACACACUUUGUCGUCUUCUCCAACAACCCCCAUAAAAACAUGGCCACCGACGACCUAUCCAACAAGCCGCUCGCGGUACGGACGACAUCGUCCACCUCCACCGAUGGCGCCUCGUUCGACAUCGUCAAAACCUACCGCGACCUCCUCACCUCCGACCCCGACAUGACUAUGCCCGUAGCAGCCAUCGAAUCGCUCAUCGAGCUCUUGCGCGUCACCCCUUCCUCAACAGCCAUGGAAACCGUCGAAGUCGUCAAGACCCAAAAGGCCCUCCUCCUCGACUCGGCCCCGAACCCUCUCCCUCUGCUAGCCGGCGCCGACCUCUUCGAGCAGUACCUUCUCCGGUCGCUUAGAGGGCAGACCGCCGAGUCCUUCGACGAGACGAAGCGCCACCUGCUCAACAACCGCCAGCUCUUUGCCGCCCGCGCCAAGGCCGCCCGCGACAACAUUGCCGUCAUCGGUUCCCGCUACGUGUCGCACCGCAAGAUCGUCCUGGCCGCGGGCGGUUCGAGGGUGGUGACCAAGAUCCUGGUGCACGCCGCCACGACCCGGACCAACACGCACUUCAAGGUCAUUUACGUCAUGGACGGCAGUCCGCACUGCGACGCCAGCGUCUCGGCCCUGCGCGACGCCGGCCUGGAGGUGGAGACCAUCUCGACCUCCAAGGUGGCCUACGUCCUCAAGGACCAAAAGGACAUCAACAUCGUCCUCGUCGGCAGCGAGGUCGUCAUGCAAAACGGCGGCAUCAUCUCGCGCAUGGGCACUUCGCAGCUCGCCCUGCUCACGCGCUUCGCGGGCGGCUCGCAGAAGCGCUUCUUGGUUGCUGCGGAAAGUCACAAGAUUGUGCGCAAGACGCCCCUCUGGCACCCACAGGUGUUAAGGGUCGGCGUCAAGCAGAAGGAUAUCAGCAAGUUUGACAACGUGGGCGUUGACCCUGUAGGCCAGGAGGCGAGGGAUUGGGUGGCGGAUCGCGAUGAGGUGGAUUAUACCGAUCCGGAGCUGAUUGACGGCAUUGUGACGGAGCAGGGAGUGAAGCAGCCGAGUCAGAUUUGGGAGUUGGUGGAUUAUGAGAAGUGAGGGGGGUCUUGCUGCCCGGUACUGAAGGUGAAAGGCGCAGAAGCGUGGGUAACAAAAGGGCGGUUUUAUGAAUGGAUGGAUGGAUGGAUGGA